AUGCCCACCUUCGGAUUCUGGCGCGCCGAAGAAAAAUCCUCCAAACCCAAGAAAAACAUCGUGAACGACCCUCGUCAAAAAUCAUCUCCAUCCGCGAAAACUGCACCCCGUAUUCCACGCCCCAGGCGUCUACGUCUCCCUCAAAACCACUAUUCCACACACGUAUACCUAAUAUUCCAUCGCUACGAAGACAUGAAAUCAGGGCUGUUCUCCGCAACGAUAUCAUUCCGAACAAUGUAUAAUGAUUUUAAAGGAAUGAAAACAGUAGAUAUAUCACCUAACAGCGAAGAAGCAGAUGCGCAAUUUGAUAUUAAUGGAGGGAAAUGAAGGGGUGAUGGGAAGUCGAAGGAUGUUCGUGUGUAAAAUUGGGUGGGUGCAGAGGAAUGAGAAUAGGGGUAUGGUGUAUGCGAAGGUUGCGGAGUGUUUGCCGUUUCCUGUGAGACCGGAUACGAUGGAUAGUGUUGAGUGGGAGGAGUUGAGGAUGAAGGGGAAUUCGAGAUGUGAGUGGAUUUCAAAGGCGAUUGGGGUGCUUAAGAAGGGGGAGUACUGGGAGAGCUUGCCCGUGGAACAGUUUAGGGAGAGACAUGCUGAAGUGAAGAAGAUGAGCGGAGUUGGGGAUUUUGAGGAUGAGAAACGCGCGUGGAAAAGGAGGGUUGAUAGGGCGACUCGACAUUUUGAUCAUUCGGGUGAUGUGCUUGCUUAUAGGGAGACAUUGAAAGAGCUUGGUCCGGAGCCUGGGCUUUCGUCGGAAGCUAAACAAGCGAGGUAUUUGGAUAAGAUUAUGAAUGAUGUUGGAGCGGCAUUGUAUUCUAAACAUGAAGAGCCAAGCAAAUUUUCAGAUAAGUAUAGACGAAGAGGUGAAUGA